AUGGUUCAGUUUGCAGAUGAAAGCUUCGAUGUCAUCGUGGAAAUGGGUGUAUACGAUGCACUAAUGUUGCCUGACGUUGGGUAUACAGGAUCGGGGUCGUCGUAUACUGAUGCGGUUGCAGUAUUCUUUACGGCAUUUUUUACCGAACAAGCAAUUCGAGCAAGUAUGUUAGCCUUAAAAACAGUCAAACAACUGGAUCUUGAAAGCCUUAAAAAGUGCGAACCAGGUCGUACGAUAGAGCUUAUUUUAGGUGAACCUGGUGACCCCAUUUUUUAUAAGGCUGUACUUGUUGAUGCUGAGCAAGAUCCAUCAAGGCCUUUCUUACAUCACUUUGCUGCAUACAUAGUUCCAAUAACUCGAGUUGAUGAAUGGCUCUUCUCAAACAAACAAGGACAAAUACGUGCUGCCGCAAAUUCGGAGGCUAGUAGACUACUGAUAAUUUUACUGGAUUCCAGUCAUGAUAUAGAUGUUUUUGACACGAAGACUCUCGAGGCGGAAGUCACUCGUCUUGCCCAGCCAUUGGCUCCAAGAGAUUUUCCUGUUGGAGAUCCAAUUAUGUUUGUAAAUACUGCUACUAUUCAAUUGAAGCAGCGAGAUAUUGUUUACAAGGUUACAUCUGAUUUGACGGGACCAAUAAUUGUAGAUGAAGUGAUCUCCCCUAAGAACCGUUAUGAGGAUAAUGAUGAUCUGGUUUUCCGCCGCCUUAUUUUCCUAAAACCCCAGGCAGUGGUACAAUCUGAAGCUCUGUUAGACGUAAACAAAGUGCAGGGAGCUUCAAAAACCAGGAAGAAGAAGAAAGGAAAGCAGAAGAUAUCUGAGGGUCAGCUUUGUGCUCUUUCUUGGUUAUCUCUUUUAGAUAUGGAGACAGUGGUUAUAGGUCUUGGAGCAGGAUUGCUGCCUAUGUUUAUGAAGAAUCGGUUACCUCUAAAAAUUGUGGUUGUUGAGCGAGAUCCUGUGGUUUUGAAUAUUGCUGAACAACAUUUCGGUUUUGCACAAGAUCAACGCUUAGAGGUACGUAUAGAUGAUGGAAUUCAGUUUGUCGGGAAGAAAGCAAAUCCUGUGGCAGAAGCAAAUCCUGUGGCAGACAUCGUAACGAAUAUUUCUCAGCUACAUAUAAGUGAUGGAAUUCAGGAGGAAGCAGAUUCUGUGGCAGGAGAAUCAUCUCGAAAACUAGACAUACUUAUAGUUGAUGUGAAGUCACGAGACACAAGACGUGAACAACUCCCUUUCUGA